AGGCCUGCGGGAACAAGGAGGGACCCGCGGCGCUGCUCCCUGCCAAAGGGGAAGGGCCCAGCGGGGGCAGCGGCCCGCAGCGUGACACAUCACACCUGGGCUCGCGCUGCGCUCCGCCAGGGCGCCACUCGCGGGGAGAAGGGAGACCCGGCGGAGGCGGAGAGGGGUCCUGGCCCCGCGCUGUGCCUGGGCUGGAGCCAUGGGCGGGAGGCAGGGCGCGCUGCGCACGGGGCUGGGCUGCGCCCUGCUGCUGGCCCUCUUCCUGCUGGGCUUCCUGGGAGGCUGGUUACUGAAACCCACUAAAAAAACAACUAGCUCAGCAGAUGCCUAUCAAAAUGUGAGACAGAAACUUGUGGCUGAAAUGAAAGCAGAAAACAUCAAGCAGUUUCUACGUUCGUUUACAAAGUUUCCUCACCUGGCAGGAACAGAACAGAACUUUCACCUUGCUAAGCAAAUUCAAGCCCAGUGGAAGGAAUUUGGAUUGGAUUCAGCAGAGUUGGUUCAUUAUGAUGUCCUCCUUUCCUACCCAAAUGAAACUCAGCCCAACUAUGUCUCAAUUAUUGAUGAUCAAGGGAAUGAGAUUUUCAAUACAUCGUUGUUUGAGCCGCCCCCUCAGGGAUAUGAAAACAUUACUGGUGUGCUGCCACCAUAUAAUGCAUUUUCAGCUCAAGGAGUGCCAGAGGCAGAUUUGGUGUACGUGAACUAUGGCCGCACAGAAGAUUUUUUCAAACUAGAGCGAGAGAUGGGAAUUAAUUGUACUGGAAAGAUUGUCAUUGCCAGAUAUGGGAAAAUCUUCAGAGGAAACAAAGUUAAAAAUGCCAUAUUAGCUGGAGCCAAAGGCAUUAUACUGUAUUCAGACCCUGCUGACUACUGCGCCCCUGGAGUAGAUCCUUACCCAAAUGGCUGGAACCUUCCUGGAGGUGGAGCCCAGCGCGGGAAUGUGUUAAAUCUGAAUGGGGCAGGGGAUCCUCUCACGCCAGGUUAUCCAGCAAAAGAAUAUACCUUCAGGUCUGAAGUUGAUGAGGGAGUGGGAAUUCCCAAAAUCCCAGUUCAUCCCAUUGGAUAUCAUGAUGCAGAAAUAUUAUUACGCACCCUGGGAGGACCUGCAGCACCAGACAAUAGCUGGAGGGGAAACCUCAAUGUGUCUUACAACAUUGGGCCUGGAUUUGCAGGCAGCUAUUCUAUAAGAAAGGUCAGAAUGCAUGUCCACACUCACAACAAAAUAACACGAAUUUACAAUGUUAUUGGCACUAUCAGUGGAGCGGAGGAACCAGACAGAUAUAUUAUUCUGGGAGGACAUAGAGACUCCUGGGUAUUUGGUGGGAUUGAUCCAACCACUGGCGCAGCUGUUCUUCAAGAAGUUGCUCGGAGUUUCGGCAAAAUGAUGAUGGAAGGUUGGAGACCUAAAAGAACUAUUAUUUUUGCUAGCUGGGACGCAGAAGAAUUUGGACUAUUAGGUUCCACAGAAUGGGCUGAGGAGAAUGCUAAAGUUCUUCAGAAACGGGCCGUUGCUUACAUCAACACAGAUUCUUCUAUAGAAGGCAACUACACUUUAAGAGUUGACUGCAGCCCCCUUCUCUACAAAUUGGUGUAUAAUCUGACAGAAGAGAUUGCAAGCCCUGAUGAGGGUUAUGAAGGCAAGUCUCUCUAUGAAAGCUGGCUUGAAAAGGACCCCUCAACAGAAAGUAAAAGUCAUCCCAGAAUAAACAACCUGGGAUCAGGCAGUGAUUUUGAAGCUUAUUUUCAGCGUCUGGGAAUUACAUCAGGCAGAGCCCGUUAUACAAAGAACAGGAGAGCAGACAAGUUCAGCAAUUACCCAGUUUACCACACCGUCUAUGAGACUUUUGAGUUAGUAGAACGAUUUUAUGACCCCACAUUCACGAAACAGCUUACUGUUGCCCAGUUACGAGGAGGACUGGUGUAUGAACUGGCAGACUCCCAGGUCAUUCCUUUCAACUGCCAAGAUUAUGGAGAAGCCUUAAGAAAAUACACAAAUAGAAUCUAUAAUUUGACCAAGAAACAUGAAGAACAGGUAGAGACUUACGGAGUGUCAUUUGGUCCCCUUUUUUCUGCUGUGACGAAUUUCACAGAAGCUGCUGCUGAUUUUCACAGAAGACUUAAAGAGGUUGAUGUGAAUAAUCCAAUUGCUGUGCGAAUCAUGAAUGAUCAGCUGAUGUUUGUGGAAAGAGCUUUCAUCGAUCCUCUUGGUUUACCAGGCAGGAAAUUUUACAGACACAUUGUUUUUGCUCCGAGCAGCCACAACAAGUACGCUGGAGAGUCAUUCCCAGGGAUCUACGAUGCCGUGUUCGAUAUAGAAAACAAAGCGGAUCAGCGCAAAGCCUGGGAAGAAGUAAAGCGGCAGAUCUCCAUUGCAGCCUUCACCGUGCAGGCUGCAGCAGGGACUCUGAAGGACGUAGCAUAGGAACAAGGCACCAGCAGGCUUGAACACAUGGCCUAACUCUUAAAAAAUGGCAGUCAGUGUACUAGACUUCCACUUUGUGCAUAGUAUUUACUCGGGUUGCAAUAUAACCAGCCUUUUGCAUACAGAAGUCCCCUGGGAGUUAGUGAGAGCUGUUGGUGUUAUGGGACUGUUGGUUAAGGAACCAGUGUUGGUUCUCUGAGACUGGCAAAAGAUCCACUAAUUUUGGGACCUCAGUUUUUGGGUUCUGAGCACUUCUGAAAAUCAAGCUCCCAAGCUGCAUCUGCACUAGAGAAACUAGAACCUGCCAAUGGUGCAGUUUUGUUAGUGGUAGCAGGUGGAAGUCAUAAUGCAGACAGAGAUCAGGGGUUUAACACCAUGUGUCUUAAUGGUGUUCUGAGCAGGAUUAAACAACAUGGUAAGAAUGCCUGAACUCUGUCCGCACUAGAGCUUCCAUCACUGAGGCAGCUUUUGCAUUGGGUCUGAUCCACUAUGGCUACGCCUAUGACCUAAUUUUCCUAGUGUGGACAAUGAUUUAGGGCAUAGGAAUUGCAGUACUGGAUCAGACCCAUGGUUCAUCUAGUCCAGUAUCAUGUCUCUGACAGUGGUCAGCACCACAUGCUUCAGAGAAAGGUACAAGAAACUCACAGCCAUCCCCUCAUAGAGAUUGAUAUACUGUGCAUCAUCAGGCUUUAUCUCCCUACCCAUAGUCUUUGAUUGUGGGUGUGAUUAUAAAAGAUGGUGAGCACCCACAAUCCCAACUUACUUCAGUGGUAUUAGGUGUUCUCCUCCUCUGAAAACUCCAGUUCUAGGUGUCCCAUGCUGCACAUCCAUAAUCAGUGAACAGUUGCCAAUGUAGGUCCAGAUGCUUUUUAUGCCAUUUUUAAAAAUGAAAUGAAGUACUAAAAAAAUCUAUUUCUAUGCAGAAGUUUUGAAAACCCUUAGGUUUUGAGAUUUACAAAGGGGAUCGUGGGGGAGUUAGGCAUCAAAAUUCCUUGUUGAAAUUUUCCUUCUGAAAAUCCCAGACUUAUGCAAUAUCACCAUACAGGUGCUUUUAAGAGGAAAAAGAACCAGUAGAGAAUCACCAUCCCUCCUGUGAUGAGCUAUCUGUUCCAUUUGUAACAUGCCAUCACUUUCCUCUCAUCAGCUGUUAUUCAUCGUGCCCUCUUUAAUUGGGAAAGCUAUUUUAUACCAUGCUCUCACCCACCAGCUGAUGUCUGAUGACAGAGGCGGAAAGUGUUUUCCCAGAAUGCUAUUAAUUACUGUUCUGAGCAGAAGGGAUGGAACGCUCGGCAUUUCUCCUUCAACUUCUACAGGACUAAACGACACACAAUUUUUGUCUUCUGAUGUUCCCAGUUAAAACUUUAAUGUGAAACUUACAGUUAUUUUAAAUUCCAGGGAUGAAGGAAGAAAGUAAAAUGACCAGACAAAAAGGGAACUGAAACGCUUUUCAGAAACCAUACACCGAUAUAAAAAGAAGAAAAUAUUCUAAGAAUGGGGAUUUUCCUCAGUGACUUGGCCGACAUUCCCUCUCUUCCCCAGGGUGUGCAACAUAGUAGCUUACCUUCAGUUCCCAAGGUGGCUGCAUUUCUGUGGCUCUGGCUGCAUAUAAGGGUUAUGAGGUCUUUCAGGCUGUCGAUAUAAAUGGAUAAUAUUAAAAAUCACUUACACUACCCUCCACAACUCCAUUUACACAGUGCCUAUGUUUUGAUUCAUUUAUUCAACCUGUCUGAAGCAAUUUGUGGGUCAUGUAACUGAAAAGCAUCCAAUCUUCAGCGUUUAAAGCCUAACAUGGGACAAUAAAGCAGUUUGACAAAAUUAAAUUUGGAUGAAACUUGA